CAAGCCUCGCUGCCUGCCUGCCCCCAGCUAUAUAACCGAGCGCGGAUUCUUCCCCUUCUCCUCGUGCCCCACGGAGCACACGACCCCAGCUGAACCAAGGCUACUCUCUCCGACGACGGGCCGGCGGCGCGCGGCAGAGAAGGGAUCGGCGGCCAUCGUAUCCGGGAUGUCUCGGUACGUGGAGAUGCUGGACAUGGGCGUGCGCAUCGCGGCGAGGUUCCACUCGCACUGCCCGCAGACGGCGCGGAUGUACUACAAGCCGCCGCAGAGCCAGGCGGCGUCGUCGUCGUCGGGCGCGGCCGAGGACGACGCCAGGGCCGGGAGCUCCGGCGGCCGCCGCGCGGCGCCCGUCCUGCGGCCCUUCGCGGCGGCCGCGGACCUCGGCGCCGGCGACCGGCCGGCGGGCCGUCAGUUUCACGACUUCGACACCGCGCAGGUCGUCGUGUACGAGGUCAUAUGAGGGAGGGAGGCUGCUAGAGGGCGAGGUCUCCGGCUUUCCGCAAGUGCUGCGAGAGGUUUCUUGCGAGAUGAUAAGAUCUUUGGAGAACGGAAAACAAUUUGUACAUGUGUAGUAGUCUAUUCUUUGAUUUGUAGCCUGUGUAGGAACACUCACUCAACACGGAAAAAAAAUCAUUCAUUGAACAAACA